AUGCAAUUAUUGCCUGAAUGUUUCGACGCUCUUAAAUAUGGUGCUUUUUGGAAGCAAACAGAGAAACCUUCGCUUGAAACUUUCUUGGAAUUCCGCUUAUGCGAAGGCGAUUUGGGACAAGAGGAAGUGGAGCACAAUCGAUACGUGGGUGAACUAAACACUAUUCUCAAAUAUCAUGCUAAAACGUCUGAAAUUGGGAAAGAGGUGCAACAGAUGUUAAAGAAUUUUCAGGCUAAGAGGCAAAAUAUUCUUGUAGAGAUCGAGUUUAUUGAGAAAAAAAGGGAAUUGCUUGAGAAGGAACAAAACGAACUUAAGGACCGGAUUUGUCUCGAACAGACCCGUCAUGUUUUGGAUGCGUCGAUAGAGACCCGAGAUCAGUGCCUUGCGGUACAAAAAUCGAUCACUAGGAAGCGCCUGUUGAAUGAGUCUAGCGAGCGUACCUAUAAGGAGUCGAUGACAGAAUCUGCCACACUGUAUUUAACACCACCGAUGACGGAGAUCGCAAGCCCAAAUUCAGAUUUAGGGAGUUUAGACGGAUCUAAGGCAACAUGUAACAUCGAAAGUGAUGAAAUUAAGACACGUUCGUAUCCAGAAAUAAUCGCAGAUAUCGGUAAUAAUCCGUUUUUAGACGAUAAAGCCACCAAAACAUCUACAAGCAUGAUAAAUAUCUCAAAUAUUUUGAACAAUCCAGAAAGUAGUGAAGUGGGGUCUCACUCAACAUCUACAAUUCUUACAAUUCCUCACAACUAUAACAUUUCAAAUAUCUCAUACGAUACAAGUAAUGAAAUAGUUGAUAAGCCAAUAAUUCCCACGACACCACCUCCUUAUUGCAAACAACCGCGAUUUAUAACUAAUAAUGAAUACAUAGAUAUGGUUUGGUCUCCAUGGUGUUUUUAUAAAAUUAUCGGUGGAAUAGAUAUUGAAGAAAAAAUAAUAGGCUUAUGUGAGAAAGAAAAGAAAGCAAAGAUAAAAUCGUCAUUAAGUUAUGGUAUUAUCGACCUGAAUGAUAGUAGGAUUAUGAAUGUCUUAGGACCAUCUGUAAAGGUUUAUUUUGAAGCGGAAAUGAAGAAAUAUAAACCACAAAGAUCCGUGUCAAAAGAAGCUUUAGAAACCUUGAAGUAUUUUAACGUAACAUCAUUAUCAGAGCUUGGAAAAGCUCUUUCAAAUAUCACUAUUAACUACGAAAAUCCAAAUAGAGAUAUUGUAUAUUUGCGUCAUUUGUUUGAGAAAUUUUCUGAAUUACAAGAAGGAUGGUAUAACAGCAAUAUUGUUGCACCAUUUUUCGAUGAUUGCUUAGCUUCACUUAAUGAUUGUAUCCUCCGACGUGGUGAAGUCGAAAGCAAAGCGCAAAAGUUAUUUGGAAUUAAAUCAUCAAAAAAGCCAAAAUAUGAUGGAAUCUUGUCAUUUAAUAGAAAAAUAGAGUUUAUUUAUGUAGAAACAGCAACUACAUCAAUAUUAUCAAAAAAAGACAAAGACUUGUCAAAAUUGCAUAGAGCAAUAGCUAUAAUGUUCAAGCUUAUAGUAUCCUCAUUACCAGAGAAAAUUGUAUACGAAAUAUCAGAUUUGCCUAUCCUCUGCAUUCAAUUCUGUGGUACUACAGCUGAUGUAUACCUUGCUAAUUGGCCAAUUAACAUGCGCCCAGUUGUUUUUUCAAUUUUUGAAUUUGAUAUUCCGGAACAAAUUACAUCUUUACCAAGUCUAACGAAUCAUUAA